GCCGCUCUUAAACCCUAAACCAGGGCGUAAGGUGUUGCAUAGCGCAAGAAUGGAGGAAGCAAGAGUUCAGAGGAGCUUCCCCGUGAAGCCGAAGCUGAAAUCGAAAGCCAGAACCCCAAAGCAAACAGCAGAAUCCAAAUACUGGUCCUCCUUCAAGACCCAACAAAUCCCCGACCUCAUCUCCGUCCCUUCCCUCACCUUCUCCCCCACCGCCCCUCACUCCUUCGCCGCCGCCCACUCCGCCUCCCUCACCCUCUUCAGCGCCCAAACCCUCGCCCCCACCGCCACCAUCUCCUCCUUCUCCGACGCCGUCUCCUGCGCCUCCUUCCGCUCCGACGCCCUCCUCCUCGCCGCCUCCGACCUCUCCGGCCUCGUCCAGGUCUUCGACGCCAAAUCCCGCACCCCCCUCCGCCGCCUCCGCUCCCACACCCGCCCCUGCCGCUUCGUCCACUUCCCCCGCCUCGACAAGCUCCACCUCAUCUCCGCCGCGGACGACGCCCUCGUCAAGCUCUGGGACGUCGCGGAGGAGACCCCCGUCGCGGAGUUCCUCGGGCACAAGGACUACGUCAGGUGCGGUGAUUCCUCCCCUGUUAAUUCCGAUGUCUUUAUCACCGGUUCCUAUGACCACGUCGUCAAACUCUGGGACGCUAGGGUUGGGGAUUCCAAAUCGUCUUUGCAGCUCAACCACGCCGCCCCCGUCGAGGAUGUCGUUUUCCUGCCGGCCGGAGGAAUGGUCGCCACGGCGGGCGGAAAUUCCGUCAAGCUCUGGGACCUCAUCGGCGGCGGGAAGCUCGUGUACUCCAUGGAGAGUCACAACAAGACGGUGACGUCGAUCUGCGUGGGGCGUGUUGGGAGGGAUUUCGGCGAGGAAUCGAAUCAAUUUAGGAUCAUGAGUGUGGGGUUGGAUGGUUACUUGAAGGUGUUUGAUUAUGGAGCAUUGAAGGUUACACAUUCCAUGAGGUUCCCUGCGCCGCUUUUGUCUGUUGGUUACUCGCCGGAUUGUUCUACCCGCGUGAUUGGGACCUCCAAUGGGGUUAUCUAUGCUAGCAAGAGGAGAGUUAAGGAAAUUGAGAAGGAGAAGGUGAGUGAGUCCAGCUUGUUUUGGAGAGUUGCUCCAUUGGAGCACACUGAGAAGAAAGUGUUGAGGCCUUCGCAUUUUAGGUAUUUUCGUAGAGGGCAGGGAGAGAAACCGAGUGAGGGGGAUUACUUGGUUAUGAGGCCCAAGAGGGUGAAGUUGGCUGAGCAUGACAAGCUUUUGAAUAAGUUUAGGCACGGGGAGGCUCUGGUGUCUGUGUUGGAAAGUAAGAAUCCUGGGAAUGUGUUGGCUGUAAUGGAGGAAUUGGUGGCUAGGAGGAAAUUGCUCAAGUGUGUGUCCAACUUGGAUGUGGAGAAGCUGGAACUGCUCUUGGCGUUCUUGCAUAGGUAUUGUACCACCCCUAGAUAUUCCAGAUUGUUGAUGGGAUUAACCAAGAAGGUUCUUGAAAUGAGAGCAGAUGAUAUUAGAGGUUCUCAAGCCCUCAAGAAUCAUGUUAGAAAUCUCAAGAGAUCUGUUGAGGAGGAGAUUCGGGUUCAAAUGUCGUUGCAAGAAAUACAGGGUAUAAUUUCCCCUUUGUUGAAGAUUGCUGGAAGAUGAAAUUUUGGGCUUCUCAUCUUUUGAGCUGCUGUGCUUUUGUUAUACUAUCCUCUUUUUUAUUUUUUACAUUUUUGUUUUAGAAUGUAUUAUUUAUUUUGGUAAUUUGGUUCGAGCAAUGUUAGUUUCUCCUAAAAAUUUGCUGGCAACUGUAAUCCUUGGAAAGCAUCAGGAAACAUUUUAAGUUAUUGACAAUGUUCAAGGGGCUCUACUUACAUUUUCA